CUCACAUCUAACCAAUCGAGUGAGACUUUCCAAGAGGCGACUCCCCAGAGUGGAGGAGCGUUAUUUACAAGAGUAAGAGGCAUGUCUCCAGAGGAUGACCUUCGAAGUCCCCCCCUUGGUUUCAGCGGUACCAGGGAGGAUUUCACUCUGAGUCGUGGCGACCUAGACAACAGUCAUGAGCCUGUUGGUAGGACCAGGGCACACAGCAGUCUCCAUACAGGAACCCCAGAGUGUGAGAUCAGCUGUCUCAGAGAUUUUGGCAAUAAAAAGAAUCCUUUCCUGAAAAUGCUAAUGGAUGCAGAAGCAGCUGCCAAUUCUGCAGCAAUCCAGCUAGUGUCGUUUAAAGACGCCAUGGACGAUGAGUAUGCUGAUUCAAGACAGUCUGCCAAAGAUAAACGCCGAAUUGCAAGACAGCGUGGGCUUCUGCUGGAAAAGCUAGAGGCCUUUAGACGAAUUAAUAAGUCAGUGCGACAGAAACUGAAACAGCUCCAAGAGGCAGAGGCAAAUCGAAUUGAUGCAGACCAGCAGAUUGACACGCUCCUGAAGAAGAUCAUGCAGGCUGAGAGUGAAAAUGAGAAUUUAAAGAAAGAUUUGAGUGAGAGUGAACAGAAGGUCAGGGAGCUGAUAGAUCUGUGGAGAAAAGAGCAGGAGAACGUAAAGAGUGCAGUUCACAUGACCAAGUCAGCAGAGGCAACACGUGCUCACCUACAGGGACAGCUACGCAACAAGGAAGCUGAAAACAAUCGCCUUACUGUACAAUUACGGGCUCUGGAGAGACUCAUAACCGAGCAGAAGCUGGAGAUUGAUGAUCUGAAGGGGUCUAUCACCUCUCUGUCUGCGAAAGCAGCACAGGACAAAGAAUCUCUGAAGAAAGCCACCCGAGCUCAGAAACUGAGAGCGGAGAGAUUUGAAGCUGCUAUUGAGAAAUGCUACGCACAGCUGAGGGAAAAGGAUGCUCAGCUGGCCAAAGCCCAUUCAGAGAGAGACUCAAGGAGAGGACAGAAGGAGCAGACGACAGAUGAGAAAGACAAACUCGUUGCUCAUAUAGACUUAUUGAAAAGCCAAACUGCAGACUUGACAAUGAGAGUGCAGAAGGAGAAGGACGAGCUAACUGCAGCAAAUGAAACUCUGAUGCAAAGGCUCGAAAAACUCAGCUCAGACAACGGAGAACUCGGCAUAAAUAAUGCAACACUCAAGGAAUCUGUAGCUCAGCUGGAGCAGCAGCUCGCUGAGUACGAGUCUGCCCUCGUAGAGGAGAAGAUCGUCUCACAGGAGAAGAAGCACCAAGCUGAACAGUGCCGUUAUCAGGUUGCACAACUUCAAGCUGAGCUCCAUGAUCUAAAGAUAAAAUAUACAAAUCUUUUAAGAGAAACAGAGAAGACACAAGAUGGAAAAGAGGCAGAAGUUGAGAAGGUGAGGCAGGAGCUGCAGGGGCGCGUGGAGGAACUGAACGCUUACCCCGAGUUACUGAAUGCAGCUGAGCAGAGUCUCUUUGAGUGCCAGGAAAACCUGCAGCGCUUGGAGAGGAAGUGCUCAGAAAAGUCAGAGUCCAUUAGGCAACUGCAGGUUAAGAUGGAGAGUCAAAGCAAACUGCUGAGAUCAUCUGCAGAGAUGAGGGAGUCCAUUCAUGAGGCCAACUUACAAUUACAAGAAAAACUGAUUUCUAUCCAAAAAGAGACAGACAAACUGCAGCAAGAGAACCUGGAGCUGGUACGGAGGCUCGCAGCUCAGGAGGAAGCUCUCAGCUACAGCAACCGGCAGCUGGAUCAGCGCUCAUCAGAGUGUCAGGCCGUCAGCCGACAGCUGGAGGCAGCUUUAGCGGACGUCAGACAACAGGUCACUAAGGUGAAAGAAGAGGCUGUUUCCAGGGAAGAGGCUCUUCAAACCAAAAUCCUGGAGCUGGGAGCCGAGAAGAGCAGAAGGGAAAGCGAGCUGAGGCUUCUUCGCCAGAGCAAGCUCAACGCAGAGAAGCAGUAUGAGGUGCUGACCAGAUUGCGGCACUACCUCUGCGAUAAAAUCAGAGCAGAUCGCCACCUGGACUACCUGCGCUCUCGCAGGAUCCUGACACGAGAUGAUGCAGAAGAGAUCAGCUGCAGGACUACACAGACCAAGAGGACGGCCGUGCUGCUGGACAUACUGGCUGAGAACCCCCGCGGCCUGGAUGCCUUGAUCGAGUCGAUCCGGGAGAUGCGCUCGCAAAAUUUUAUCAUCACAAAAAUCACAGACGAGGUGCAGAAGGCCAAAAAUGAGAAGAUCGAGUCCCUCAGAGCGGCAGGAGCUUCCAGUUCCUCAUCUGACUCCACUUUCAGCACUCCAACCUCAACCAGCGACCUCCCAUCAACAUUUUCAAACAACUCCACCUUGCUCUUUCACCCGGACAGCGAGAAAAGCCCUUCCAACUCAGAUGUGGGCACCUCACUCGAUCUGCUGUCUUCGCAAAAAGCUGGAGACUCCUCCGUGGCUUGCGCCAGCAUCGCCACGCCUUCCACGACAUCAUCCAGCCUCCCGAAGCCCGGAGACCCCGGGGCGCCUCCUCUGCCGGACGAGGUAAUGGUCGAGUCCCCCUCCAGCAUAGAUGCUGGAGCGCCGGGGUGCACUAGCAGUGGAGGCGAUCCAAACUUCCAGCCCCUCCGGUCGCGCUCCCUCACGCCAACUUCAACUAGGAGCAUCUUUUAGGAGCAUAUCUCAAUAAGACAGUUCUCAACCGGUUAAAAAGCCAACCACAACACUCACUCUCUCUUUUUCAGUGAUAUUCGUGCCUUCGAUGAGGCAGUUGGUGAGAAAUUGCUGCACAUGGGCAUAUACUGUAUACUACCACUAUAUUAGCUAACUUUUAGAAUGAAAAUGGGGGCAUUUUCUCAUCAGCUAGGCUAACUUUUAAAGAUUGUUUUUUUGUUUUUCAAAUGGUGCCAAUUUGUUACCAAACCAAACCCUAGGGUAUGGAGAUUGCCUAGUUUAAAAUGGAAAAUAUGACUAAAAUGAGACAACGGUGCCAUCAAAGAAGAAAGAGGAAAUCUGCGCGUGCAUCAGAUGCAUUUCUAACGCGGUUAGAUUUCCAGCGCGAUGUGUCAGGAGUGAAGAAAAUGUGACUCACCCUCUCUAACCUCUCCUACUCCCCUUCUGUGACAGGAGGUGUGAUUUUUCUGAUGAGCUGUAAAGGCCGAAUGCAGUUUCUAUGUUGUAUACACUUGAACGACUACUUGAGCAUAUAUAUAUAUAUAUAUAUAUCCAUGUAUAAAGAGCCAGUCUUGGAGCAGAACUCCAGCUCAUGUUUUUCUGUUGUUUGUUUUCAUGUGUGUGCAUUAAGUCAUCAAGAAUUUGCUUCAUGUUUUUGUCACUACAAUAGUCUUGAAUUAGUAAACAUAGUUUCAGUGACAUCCUAUUUCUUUCUUUAUUCACUGGUCAUGUAAUAAUAAAACUAAAG